AUGGAUCGACCCGCAGCCACAGCUCCCGCUGUCAGUUCGGUGCCGGCGCUGCAGAAGCGCUACGUGAUCGGCUUCGAGCAGGCGGGUCUGGCCGACUGGACCGAGAUGGAGUUCGCCAGCCCGAUUCCUCGCUUCACCUCGUGUCUCGUGUGCGGCGCCAUCGCGUCCGAGAUGCUCUGGUCCCGGUGCUGGCACGUCUUCUGCCCGCUGUGCGCGGCCAUGAUGGGCAGCGACGAGGGCCUCGUGGCAUGUCCGCUGGACGGCGCCGUCACUCCGCUGGACGCCCUCCACAGGGACAAGAUCGCCCUCGAAGUGCUGCUGGCAUUUAGGGUGUACUGUCCAAACCGGUCCCUCGGGUGCGACUACAUCGGCCCCAUGGACAAGCUGCGCGACCACACGCGCCUCUGCGGCUUCUACAACAUCCAGUGCCAAAUCUGCGGUAUUUGGCUGAAACGCUUCCAGCUCAGGGACCACACGGCGCGGGGCUGCACGGCGACGGCACGCUCCGAACAAAAUCCCGCACCUGUUCAACGACACGUACACACGGUGGUGACGGGCGACCUGUACCCCGACAUCGCGCGAACCCUGAACGUUGGUGACGCCGCGCCAACGCCUGCACCGAGCGCGCCCAGCCCGGCGCCCUCGCGGCUCUCCGUCAUCUUCAACGGCAACAGCAAGGAGUACGACGUGCUGGGCAUGAUCACCGCCAUGAAGGACAUGUGCCGCGAGUACGAGGACUUCAAGAACGCCUUCAACGACGUACGAGAGUCCGUCGCCCUGCACGCCGAGCAGGCGCGCGCCGACAUCGAAGACCUCGAGUCCCGCCUCCGGGAGCAGCACCGCCUGUGGCGUGAGGACGUGGUAGGCGACGUGCGCCACCUUAGGAGCGCCCUGGGAACUAAGACGUUUGACUGGAAGGUGACGCCGUUUUCGAAGCUCAGGAAGACGGCCUUCAAGAAGAACGCGCUGCUCAAGAGCGAAGGCUUCUACGUCGGUCACCACGGUUACCACGUGGCGCUCUCCGGGGCGUUCAACAAGAACCCGGCGGAUGGGCGCGUUUACCUGAGCGUGUACAUGCACCUCUUGCGAGGCAUGUUCGACUCGGCGCUCAAGUGGCCCUACCGUACGGUGACCACGGUGAAACUGGUGAACCAGGAGGCGUGUGCGUCAGACAAGACGGUGACCUUCGACCCCGGCUGCGCGUGCGAAGACGAGCAGGACUGCUUCCUGAGACCCAGGACCGAAAGGAACGUCGGGUACGGUUUCCCGCUGGCCGCUUUGGAGGAAAUAGAAAAUCCGGCGAACGGUUUCCUCAAGGACGACGCCUUCGUGGUCCAGUUCCUCGCCAACCUGGUGUAA